AUGUCGGGCGGGCUCCCCAAGGCCCUGCCGUCCACGGGGCCCCACUCCCUGCGCGACAUGCCGCACCCGCUGGCCGGCUCCAGCAGCGAGGAGGCCGUGGGCGGCGACGGCACGCCCAGCCCGGACCUGCCGACGGCCCGCAGCUUCGGCGACAAGGAUCUCAUUUUGCCCAAUGGUGGAACUCCAGCAGGCACUUCGAGUCCAGCUUCUUCAUCUUCCCUUCUCAACAGACUUCAGCUUGAUGAUGACAUCGAUGGUGAGACCAGAGAUCUCUUUGUCACCGUUGAUGAUCCCAAGAAGCAUGUCUGUACAAUGGAGACCUAUAUCACGUAUAGGAUCACCACCAAAAGUACUCGGGUGGAGUUUGACCUGCCAGAAUAUUCUGUCCGUCGAAGAUACCAGGAUUUCGACUGGCUGAGGAGCAAACUGGAAGAAUCGCAGCCCACUCAUCUCAUUCCCCCGCUUCCUGAGAAGUUUGUGGUGAAGGGUGUUGUGGAUCGUUUUUCGGAAGAGUUUGUGGAGACCAGAAGAAAAGCUUUGGAUAAAUUCCUAAAAAGAAUUACGGAUCAUCCUGUACUUUCUUUCAAUGAACACUUUAAUGUUUUCCUUACUGCGAAGGACCUGAAUGCCUACAAGAAGCAAGGGAUGGCGCUGCUGACCAGAGUGGGCGAGUCGGUCAAGCAUGUCACUGGAGGCUACAAGCUGAGGAGUCGGCCUCUGGAGUUUGCAGCCAUCGGCGAAUACUUAGACACGUUUGCACUCAAACUGGGAACCAUAGACCGGAUAGCCCAGCGGAUCAUCAAAGAAGAAAUAGAGUACCUUGUAGAGCUCAGAGAAUACGGGCCUGUGUACUCCACGUGGAGCGCGCUAGAGGGGGAGCUGGCCGAACCCUUGGAGGGCGUGUCAGCGUGCAUGGGCAACUGCUCCACAGCCUUGGAAGAGCUGACGGAUGACAUGACAGAAGACUUCCUGCCUGUGCUCAGGGAAUAUAUUUUAUACUCUGAUUCCAUGAAGAGCGUGUUGAAGAAGAGGGACCAAGUGCAAGCGGAGUACGAAGCCAAACUGGAAGCCGUGGCUCUGAGAAAGGAGGACCGCCCCAAGGUGCCCGCGGACGUUGAGAAGUGCCAGGACCGGAUGGAGUGCUUCAAUGCUGACCUGAAAGCCGACAUGGAGAGGUGGCAGAACAACAAGAGGCAGGACUUCCGGCAGCUGCUCAUGGGAAUGGCUGACAAGAACAUCCAAUAUUAUGAGAAGUGCCUCACGGCGUGGGAGUCGAUUAUUCCGCUUCUACAGGAGAAGCAAGAGGCCAAGUGA